AUGGAUGACAUGAAUUGGAAUGCUUUAGAAUGGGAUCGAGCAGCAGAAGAACUGACAUGGGAAAGGAUGCUUGGACUGGAUGGAUCAUUGGUUUUUCUGGAACAUGUCUUCUGGGUUGUGUCACUGAACACCCUUUUCAUACUUGUCUUUGCAUUUUGUCCUUACCACAUUGGUCAUUUCUCUGUUGUUGGUCUUGGAUUUGAAGGCUAUGUGAAAGCUUCUCACUUUGAAGGCCUUAUAACUACUAUAGUUGGAUAUGUGCUUCUGGCAGUCACUUUAAUUCUGAGCCAUGGUUUGGCAGCAAUUGUACAAUUUCAGAGAUCUCGACGUUUAUUAGGCAUCUGUUACAUUGUUGUGAAGGUUUCUUUAUUAGUGGUUGUAGAAAUCGGUGUUUUCCCUCUCAUUUGUGGAUGGUGGUUGGAUAUAUGCUCAUUGGAAAUGUUUGAUGCCACACUGAGAGACCGAGAGCUUAGCUUUCAAUCUGCACCUGGUACCACCAUGUUUCUUCACUGGCUUGUUGGAAUGGUUUAUGUGUUUUACUUUGCUUCAUUCAUUCUGUUACUAAGAGAGGUCCUCAGACCAGGAGUUCUGUGGUUUCUAAGAAAUUUGAAUGAUCCAGAUUUUAACCCAGUCCAAGAAAUGAUUCAUUUGCCAAUUUAUAGACAUCUCAGGAGGUUUAUCUUAUCAGUGAUUGUCUUCGGGUCAAUUGUCCUCCUUAUGCUUUGGCUUCCUAUUCGUAUUAUAAAGAAAUCACUGCCUACGUUUUUACCUUAUAAUGUGAUGUUGUACAGUGAUGCACCAGUGAGUGAACUAUCUUUGGAAUUGCUACUUCUGCAAGUUGUCCUCCCUGCCUUACUGGAACAAGGACACACUCGACAGUGGUUAAAGGGACUUGUCAGGGCCUGGACUGUAACUGCUGGAUAUUUGCUUGACCUACACUCCUACCUGCUUGGAGACCAGGAUGAAAGUGAGAACAAUGUUAAUCAACAAGCUGGAAACAAUCACAAUGCUCGGAACAAUGCUGUGCCUGUCGUUGGAGAAGGUCUGCAUGCUGCCCACCAAGCCAUCCUUCAACAAGGAGGCCCUGUAGGGUAUCAGCCAUACCACAGGCCUGUCAAAUUUCCUCUCAGGAUCCUUCUGUUAAUAAUUUUCAUGUGUGUUACAUUACUGAUUGCUAGUCUUGUAUGCCUUACAUUACCAGUAUGUGUAGGACGUUGGCUAAUGUCAUUUUGGACUGGAACUGCAAAAAUACAUGAACUUUACACAGCUGCUUGUGGCCUCUAUGUUUGUUGGCUUGCCAUUCGAGCAAUAACUGUAUUAGUUGCAUGGAUGCCUCAAGGACGUCAAGCGAUUGUUUUGAAAGUUAAAGAAUGGUCUCUUAUGAUCAUGAAGACACUUGUUGUGGCCCUUCUUCUAGCUGGUGGUGUUCCUCUUCUGCUUGGACUUUUAUUUGAACUAGUAAUAGUUGCACCUCUUAGAGUGCCUUUGGAUCAGACACCCUUAUUUUACCCCUGGCAAGACUGGGCUCUUGGAGUUUUACAUGCCAAGAUUAUUGCUGCUAUUACUCUGAUGGGUCCUCAGUGGUGGUUGAAAACUGUUAUUGAACAGGUAUAUGCAAACGGAAUACGUAAUAUUGAUCUUCAUUUUAUAAUAAGCAAACUGGCUGCACCUGUCAUCUCUGUUCUGCUGUUGUCACUGUGUAUACCGUGCAUUAUAUCUGCGGGAGUUGUUCCGUUACUAGGAGUCACUGAUGAAAUGCAAAAUUUGGUUCAACGUCGUAUUUAUCCUUUCCUGCUGAUGGUGGUUAUUUUGAUGGGAAUAUUAUCUUUUCAGAUACGACAGUUUAAGCGCCUUUAUGAACACAUAAAGAACGACAAGUACCUUGUUGGCCAGCGUCUUGUAAAUUAUGAAAGAAAGGCAAGCAAAUCCACCGCCACCUCUUCAGCGCAUCCUUUUCAAAUAGUGCAGGAUUAGAAGUAAAAAAGAAAGACCAAGGAUUAUAAACCUCCAGAACUUUUUGAAUUGCUUUGUCUGUUUUCAAGGCAUUUACUAAUUUCAUUGUCAUAUAGCAUACUUCUUAAAGGACAGUUCACAUGUACUGUCUACCACAGGGUUGUAUUUUCAGCUCUGACAGUGAUUAAUUUCUUUGCAAAUGUUUUUAUUUGGUUAGAGUUACCAUCUUGUCU